UGGACUUCUCUAUCAGAGAAGUCCUUUUCCCUCUCUGUACUCUCAUCCUGUGGAUCUGAUCCAUUGAGUGAGAAAAUGAAUGGCCAAAUGAAGUGUCUGUCUCUCUAGAUCUCUUUAGUGUUUAAUCCCUUUUCUUUACCUUUCUUGUUUCAGGGUUUGUUCUUCUCUUUCCCUCUAAAUAUAGAAAAAUGCUGAACUUUUUCCUGCAAAUGUAUCUGUCUCACUCCUAAACUCUCGCUUUCGCUUUUCACAAACGCUAUUUUUAGAAACCCUUCUUUUCAUUAUUACCACAACAUAUAUCAUCGAUCAUUCCUUCUUCUGUUUGUCAUUUAUAUGCUGGUUUAUUCCGUGUGUUAUUGUGAAGUGACUAUUAAUUAAUAUUAUUCUGAUAAAUCUUAAACAUGGCGAGGGAGAAGAUUCAGAUCAAGAAAAUCGACAACGCCACUGCCCGGCAGGUAACUUUCUCUAAAAGAAGAAGAGGUCUCUUCAAGAAAGCUGAAGAACUCUCAGUUCUUUGUGAUGCUGAUGUUGCUCUCAUCAUCUUCUCCUCCACUGGCAAGCUCUUCGAGUAUGCCAGCUCCAGUAUGAAAGAAAUACUUGAAAGGCAUAACCUGCAUUCGAAGAACCUUGAAAAGAUGGAACAACCAUCUCUUGAGUUGCAGCUGGUCGAGGACAGCAACCACUCUAAGUUAAACAAAGAAAUUGCUGAGAAAAGUCAUCAACUAAGGCACAUGAGAGGGGAGGAACUGCAAGGUUUGUGUAUCGAAGAGUUGCAGCAUCUGGAGAGGUCACUUGAAGUUGGAUUAAAUCGUGUAAUAGAAAAAAAGGGUGAGAAAAUUAUGAAAGAGAUCAAUCGACUACAAGAGAAGGGAAUGCAACUCGUGGAAGAGAAUGAACGCUUAAGACAGCAGGUGAUGGAGAUAUCAAAUGGGCGAAAAAACAUGACAGAAACUGAUAUAGAGAACAUAAUCUACGAGGAAGGGCAGUCAUUGGAGUCCGUCACUAACAACUGUAACUCCAGUGGCCCUCCACAAGAUGAUGAUAGUUCAGAUACUUCUCUUAAGCUGGGGCUACCAUAUUCUGGUUGAAUUCUAAGGGGCUAACUGUUGUGGGACAAUUAUAUUCUCAAGCUAUGGGAAAACUGACUUAUUAUUGGGAAUGUUGAAGGUAACACCAAAACAUUUGGGAUCAUUAUGAACCUGUAACCCUGUGGAGAACUGUUGCUGAACGUUCUCUCCAUAUUUUUUCCAGUAUCUGAAUUUACGCUUGCUGGAAAUGUUUGUGUUCAAUUAUAGUGCUUCCACCGCGCACAAAUCUUCUCUA